CCCGCGAACGGCCAUCUUGGAAGCAGAGGCGGAGGCGGCGGCGGCGGCGGCAGCGGCGGCGGUCGGGGUGUGCUCGGUCCUGGCGCGGUGCAGCUGUGCGGCGCGGGCCCCACUCUCUCGCUCCCUGCUCUGGCCUCGAGCACGGCGAGCCUGAGCGCGGCGGCGGCCCACGCGCUGCGACGGGGAGAGAUGAGCAGCAACAGCGCUAAGAGAGCACCCACAACAGCGACGCAGCGCCUGAAGCAGGACUACCUCCGGAUUAAGAAAGACCCCGUGCCUUACAUCUGUGCCGAGCCCCUCCCUUCCAACAUCCUUGAGUGGCACUAUGUGGUCCGAGGCCCUGAGAUGACUCCCUACGAAGGUGGCUAUUAUCAUGGAAAACUAAUUUUUCCCAGAGAAUUUCCUUUUAAACCUCCUAGUAUUUAUAUGAUAACUCCCAAUGGAAGAUUUAAGUGCAACACAAGGCUGUGUCUUUCCAUCACGGAUUUCCACCCAGACACGUGGAACCCGGCCUGGUCCGUCUCCACCAUCCUGACGGGGCUCCUGAGCUUCAUGGUGGAGAAGGGCCCCACCCUGGGCAGCAUUGAGACUUCGGACUUCACAAAAAGACAACUGGCUGCACAAAGUUUAGUGUUUAAUUUAAAAGACAAAGUGUUUUGUGAAUUGUUUCCCGAAGUCGUGGAGGAAAUUAAGCAAAAACAGAGAGCACAAGACGAACUCAGUAGCAGACCCCAGGCUCUCCCCUUACCAGACGUGGUUCCAGACGGGGAGAUGCACCACGGCCAGAACGGGCUUCCGCUCCUCAACGGGCACGCGCCGGGCGCUGGGCCGCACCUCGCGGGGCUCCAGCAGGCCAACCGGCACCACGGACUCCUGGGCGGUGCCCUGGCGAACUUGUUUGUUAUAGUUGGGUUUGCAGCCUUCGCCUACACGGUCAAGUACGUGCUGAGAAGCAUAGCGCAGGAGUGAGCCGCCGCCACGACCAGCAGAGGUGGUCGGAAACGAGGGACGCUGGGCCCGAACUCGACGUGGGCUGGCUGGAUGUGCCGCCGAGCACUGGGCGGGCCUGCCUGACUCCUGGGGUUAGCUUUUUAAAAACCUUCAAAAGGAAAACACAAACCAAAGUGUGUAGUUGGAUUUGGAGACGUGAGACUCCCGGCCUCAUUCUGCCCUGGCGUCCGUUGGGGGCUGGGAGGCUCCAUGUCCGCGAGAGGGCCUCACGCUUUGGUUUUAUAGCUUAUCUCCUGUAUUGUCUUUUGGACCUAUUUUAGUAACCUGUUUUUCAUUUUAUUAGAUUUGGUCACUUAAAAGUAUAAAACUUGAUGCCUAUCCAACA